AUGACAGAGCAUCAAAGCAAUAAAGCAAAAAUAUUUGCUGAUUCAUAUAAGCUGUUAUUAGAAUUAGUAGAAAAUUUAAUACCAAUACAAAAAAAUUUUGACAUUGAAGGUAAUCCUGUUCUAGCAGUAGAAUAUCAAAAACUUGGUAUUGUCAGUUAUUUUAAUAAAGAAAUAGCAGAAGAAGCUGAUAAAAAUACAAAAAUAUAUCUUCAAAAGUUUAAGAAAUUCUAUAAUUUUCUGGAAAAUAUUUCAAGUAUAUUAAUAUAG